ACUAGAAUUUAAUGUGUUUGAGUUUAGAAUCUACUCGCUUAUUUAAAUUUUUACUUACUGGAAUUAUUUCUGAAUUUUUCAUAUCCAUUUUACCGAGAAAGUUGUAAUCUCUAGAAUCAUGCUAGUUUGCUAGUUUUGUAAAAUAACCAAGAGUUGUAACAUAAAAUCAAGUAUAUAUAAAUAUGGCCAUCAAAGUCAAUUGGGCGAAGACUGCUAUCGCAUCCGGCGUUGUUGCUGCAGCGGCUGUUUUGCUUUAUUUCGUUUUUAAGAACGACGAUGAAGAAGAGGAAGAAUACGACUCAUAUAAACAGACUUUCAACUCCUCUACAAUGUCAACUAGUAGAGUAGAGAAGAUGACAAGAAAGGAAUGUUUUGAUUUAUUGAAAAAGAUUGCUGAUAGUCAAGAUGAAACUAAGAACUUGAUGGCGUCACUAGUUGAUGACCUAUUGACCGGCAAACUACCUUCAAAAAUUCUUGAAGUGUACCAAAGAGCGCUACCAGCAAUUCCAAACGACCCUUUGGAAUCAAGAGGGUUAACGCUCUUUGACCUUGAUCACCUGGUUGACAAGUACCAAAACGACCCUUCAAUCAGGGAGUGCAUACUCAACAUAAUGAACAUGGCUCCGGCAGAAGGUGACGAUGAGAACAUAUCUCUCGACGAACUCAUCAAGGUUCACGAGUUCAUGCUCUCAGAGCUAGGUAAGAUGGUAUCUUCGUACAGGAAGAUGCCGAACAAGGACUCCUUGGAUAAGAAGGCACUCACAGUUGCUCUCCAGGCAUUAAUCUCAGCCAAAGUCCAGGACAAGUUUGGUUACAGCUACUCCUCAAUUGACAGAGCUGUCAUCAAAAACCACACCGACUUAAGCAUGAACACCAAGUUCGCGAGACUCACUAUGCAGAUGCAGAGCGAAAUGUCUGAAAUCACAGGGAUAUACAACUAACACCACUAAUCAACUACACUCCAUAA